AAAGUUUUCAAUCAUGGCGACAAAGGGAAUGAGCUGUAUGAAUUGAAUCACUAACAGUCAAGAGCAAGAACAAGGGCCGUUAGAUAUCAGACAAGAGUGGCCCAAAUGCAGACCAAAAAUCCAACAAAAAAAUGUCUCUUACCCCGCUUUUCAAGCCCUGGCACAAAUCUCUUCCGGGAAUUCCGCACAACCUCAAUGCUUCAGAUCCAUUAAAUUUCACAAUUGGGUAUAAUUAUUCCUCCCCUGAUCCAUCAAUUUCACCAUUCCAAGCUUCCCCAAAUUCUAAUUUGCCUGCACAAAAGACAGGGCAAUGGAGAGAAGCCAAAUAAGGCAGGUCACCAAGAAGUUGCAGAGACUGAGGAGUUUCAAGCAGAUCCUCUCCUUCAAAUUGCGCCGCCGAUCUGCUGAAGAAGAUGGAGAGAAAAGGCGGCGGGAUGAAAAGAUUGUUCCCACAGAUGUUUGUGAGGGUCAUGUUGCGGUUUACGCCGCCAAAGAGGAGCGAAAAAGGAGGCGCUUUGUUAUUCCUCUGGAUUAUCUGAAACACCCAGUUUUUAAAGAUCUGCUUCGCAUGGCGGAAGAGGAAUUUGGGUUUGAUUAUCACACAGGGCUUCUUACUCUUCCCUGUGAUCCGCUUCAGUUUGAGGAGAUCAUUAAUGGGUUGAAGGAUUUGGGGGGCAAAGCUUCUGAAUCUUCUCGGUAUACUUCAUUGACAUCCAAGAGGAGCUCCUGUCGAUCUGGUUCUGCUUCCAUUUCUUUUAAUGCUGCUAAGACUGUAGUGGUGCAUUGAGGGUGUUUUGGGAGAUCAAAUCUAUGUUUUUUUUUCUGAGUUUUGGGAAAGUGUAUAUACUUGAGGGUGUGGGAUUUGGCAUACUCGGUUGUUUGGAAUGGUUAUAUUUUGCUUUCUUUCGUUUGUCAUUUUAUUAUGGUCUAUUUGGUUGUUUGGAAUGGUUAUAUGUUGCUUCUUUCUACGUUUCAUUUUAUUUUGGUGUAUUUGGUU